CCUCCGAAAAGGGUAUCAUACCGGGUUUUUUUCAGUGAGCAGCACAUUCGUGUAUCGAAUCUGUGGGUUGGUUGAGAGAACAUCAUGAAGAGGUGUUAUUGCCUAUUCAUCGCUAUUGGAUUAGCGCAUUGCAUCCUGGGAAAAUUCGUCGACCCGAAUCCGAUCGAUAUUCUGAACGAUUAUUAUUACGAUGACAGCCCUCUGACAGUUUGCUACGAGGAGAUCGGGUGUUUCUCAUCCACCUAUCCGUUUUACGAUCCGCCUUAUCGACCGGUUAGCUGGUUACCCGAGAGUAGAGCCGAAGUCGGGACUCACUUCUAUCUCAAUACGAGACAGAACCCACAAUCACCUACAGAACUUAUAACCAGUGAUACUUCAACAAUUAGAAAUUCCUUCUUCAACCCAUCGCUUGCCACUAAAAUUAUCGUGCACGGAUUUACCCAAAAUGCGGACGUGCAGUGGAUGUACGACAUGCAAGAAGCGUUCCUCAACUACGGAGAGUUUAACGUUAUACGAGUAGACUGGCGGCAGGGGGCCGUCGAUCUCUACGGCAAGGCGGUCGCCAACACCCGAAUCGUCGGGGCAGAGAUCUCACUUAUUAUUGACAGGAUCAAGGAAGUAUUUGGAAUGACGUCAUCCCAAUCCUUUCACAUCAUUGGCCACAGCUUAGGAGGUCACGUGGCCGGAUACGCAGGGGAGAGACAGGCCGAUUUAGGUCGAAUAACAGGAAUGGAUCCGGCUGGACCGUACUAUGAGGAAACGGAUACCAUUGUUCGAUUAGAUCCCACUGAUGCUCUGUUUGUAGAUGUGAUCCAUACUGAUACCAGCCCCAUAUACAACCUUGGCAUGGGAAUUUAUGUGCCGUGUGGUCACGUGGACAUCUACGCAAAUGGCGGCCAGGAACAACCCGGAUGCGACCAGGGGAUCGUGGAGCACAUCAUUACCGAAGGCAGUCUCGUUAUUGGUGGGGUCUCAUUCGUUGCGUGCAAUCAUCUUCGCAGUUACGAACUUUUUACGGAAUCCAUCAACACUCAGUGCCCGUUCACAGCAAUGAGAUGCGACGGUUACACGUACGAAGAGUACCUAGCUGGUAAAUGCUUCGACCAAUCACAGACCAUAGCUUUGGGUUACCAUGCCGACAGAAACGCCAUCUCCAGCGCAGAGGAGAACGCCAUAUUCUAUAUGCGGACGACAGAUGAGACACCUUUUUGCGGAGAGUCAUACUGGUUGAAACUCUACCUGGUAAACAAAUUUAUCCAUGACGAUGUGAAAGGACAGCUCUUUGUUACCUUAUUUGGAACACUCGGCCAAACAACCCAACUUCCACUCAAUCUGGAAUCGAUCAUUUUCCAACAUGACAAGAACUACAAGUUUGCCUUCCUGGCCGAAGACGACAUCGGAGACCUGACUGGUCUGUACUUCGAGUGGGAAUACGACCGCGACUGGUACAGGCCAUGGGAAUGGGAUUUCUUCAUCAAACCACAGAUCUACAUCGACUACAUUGAGGUCGAAUAUGCCGAGGAUGAUUUCAGAUACUUGUUGUGCAGUGGAUCUGGGUCCAAUCGUGACGGCAUAGAGGCAGAUGGUGAACAGGCUGCAUUCUUAGUCUCAUCUCAGUGCUCUUAGCUUUAUUUACCAAUGUAUUCUGGGCUUUUAUUAUCUUCCAUAGACAACGGACUUACUUCAGUUUGAUUCUGGGAACAAUCAAUGAAUUCAAUUCAGAAUGAUACAAAAAUAUUUUUCUUCAAGUUUUUUUAAUAUAUACAAAGAUUCUUAAUAUCCAAGAUUUAAGAAAAAAAAAGAAAAUAUAUUUCCAAUACGCUCAAAGACAAAACACCGUGGUUGUAGAAUAGCACCUUCAUUCCAGUUGACCGUUUUAUAAUAUUCACAAAGCUUAUAACCUUUACCGUAUCUUCAAUUCAAUUAAACAUUUAUUUUCUUCCGAUUGACAUUUCACCCACUUUCAUAUAGAAUAUAUAAAUCAUUAAAAUCAUGAAUAAGUAAUGGAUGAAAAAUGCAGUAAUGUAAAUUAUGUUUAUCUUCAUCACCCCCUUGUUUUUUGGGGGGUGACGAAAAGGACUUUUUUUUAUUUUGCCCCCCCCCCACCCCGCUUUCAGUGAUACUACUGGUGAGUUCUCUCGAAAGACAGAUCGGUUUACUCGGAUUUGCUGCGAUUGAUGCGGUUGUAACACUACUUUGUGAAUCCUGCCAAAAAAGUAGCUUAAUGUAUCGAUUAAUAUGAUCCAGUUUGAGCAGAUCUGGGUCAGGUUUGACCCUUUCUCUGAUCUCUCAUAUUCCGGGUCAAUUUUCAUCCGAAACGGAGUGUGGCCCAAACUAACUCACUGGGGGGUCAAUAUGACCAAGGGUUUCAAAAGAGCUAGUCUAUCACAUUCGACUAAUGGAUUUUCCAUUUUCUAACUGAAGGAUCUGUUUUUUUACUGAAAUCCAUUCCAAAUAAAUAUUUGACGAGAAAACAGCCGUUUCACACCAUAGUAAAGAAUUCGUCACAUUCAGUUGUCCAAUACGUAAUUGGACAUGUUGUACAAACUCAUUUUAGGGUGUACUCAGUGGCGGUUCCGGUGCCCCCCCCCCCCUAUCACAGCCACCAAAACAAUUUUAUUGGAAAAUGUCGUGCAUGUACGUGGCACAGUGAAGACCUUGUUUGUUUGCUUGCUUGUUUGUCAUAUUUGUCGUGAUGUAAAUCCCCCCUGAAGGAAUAUCCUGAAUCCGCCUCUGAGUAGGGCCUAUACUUGUUAAAAGGUUAUUAUCAUCGUACAACAAACUAAUAACACGCAUUAAAAACUGGUGGACUGAUAAAACAUCGUAUCUUAAACUUUAAAUGUAUGUAUUUUGAUCACAGCUCAGAAUAAGCUAGAUUUUAGACUUAUAACACGGGUACAC